UGUUCCUUUGGCGAGUUUGGCGGACGUAAUAUUCACUUGUUUAGAAGGAGUGAUGCCUUCGUAGACAUUGUCCUCAUACACGUGGUGUUGACUCAGCUCAGCGUGUUUACCAAUGAAUAUACAUUCUUCUUCUGAAGUUGGGUUAGCUCCUUCGAUCUCGAAAACAUUGCCAGCGUAGACCAGAUUCUCCUCCGUGAAAUCCUGGUGGGGUUCAAGGUAAUAUAUACCGCUUUUUCGGGCGCCGGGUUUGGUGCGUUCCACGAUGUGGUUGCCAUAGACCAGGACAUUCUUCAAAAACAACGGAAGCGGUCGGCCGACCUGCUUGUGGAUGUACAACAAAAUUCCCGUAUCGUCUACGUAAUUGCGCGCAAUAACGAGGCCUUCUCCGUUUCGUGCCUUUAUCCCGCCGGACGAGUCGGGAUCCCAACCCCGCACGUAAUUUUCCGUGAAAUUCAAAUUGUGAAAAGCCUUCAAGUAGACAGCGUGAUCUUUGUGUUCUAUGGACCCAUUACGAACAUAAUUUGGGCUGCCGUUGAAAAUGUUCUUCUCGAUCGCAGAGUCAUUGUUAAAGCCAUGGUAGAUUGAAGAUUUCCAGAAGCCCUGAUCCUCAUGAAGGUUCAACUCGCUCUUGAGGAACUGAAGCUUCAGUUUUAGUGUUGGCCAGUACGUAGGGCCUAGCUGGUUAUCCAUCCAGUCGAUUCUUCCCAGAUCUAAUCCAAAGAUAUUUUCUCUAUUUUGAUGGCUACCGAGCUCUGCACGUCAACCGCGACGCCAAAUCCGCGUUCAUCACGCAAAAAAACCGAAUGACUCAAAGCGGGGCGGUGUAUGCCAGUGUUAUCGAUAUCAACAAUGCGGAGCUGACCCUUGUCAAGCCUAGCGUGGGGGGAGGGGUGCUCGUUUGAAAAGAAUACACAAUGAGAAAUCGUGAUUCUGUCUUGCCCAAAUUCCAGGCGGACUCCAUCAAAGAACAAACGAUCAAUAUCAACGUAAUCAUGUGCUGCUAUUCCUUCAUAGUUUAUGGUGGUCAACAGGGCACUUGUACUUUCGGUGCAAAACAAACUGAUACCGUCAACAGAUCCCAUCAAGGUGACUCUACCUUUGAUGAUAAGGUUUGAAGUAAUUAGAUAUUUUCCGGCGGGGAAGUAAAUUACAGUCGUUCCGGAUUUUUGUGAAGCAUUAUCGAAGAUGGCUUGUAGGGCUGCGGUGCUGUUAUUCUGUCCAGUUCUGUCAGCUCCUGUUAAAUUGUACUUGUUACCAGGGUCCGGAUUUGUCACGUCGAGGUCCCCUCUAGCACUGGCAGGAUCGUUUGCUUUGAAGUAAUCUAAAUAAAACAGCACACACUUUUACAAUGACAUAGAUUUUUGUAUAUUGUUUACGCAAGUGAACACGCGAAAACGCACAGGUUGUUACAAUUAGACUGCAAACAAGGUGUUACAAAUCUGUUCGUACGGUGUCGACAGGCUGUGUUCGCACUGCUUGUUCCCAGUUGUUGUAACUGAAGUUUGGAACAAGCAACUUGUAACAAGCUUGAUUGCAUUAUUAAACUUAAGAUGAAAAAUUAGUAUUAGAAACGCCCCCAUGAAACUCCCCUAGCAAGUUUAGCCGCUUCACCGCAAACUUACUUCAUAUCCAUAUCGACCCCCCCCCAUCCACGCAAUCGCAUAAUCGUUGCGCGUUCUCUGAAGCAGUGCGAACACAACUUGUUGACGGCUUGUUGGCAGACUUGUUACAAGAUGUGACAUUUUUGCGUGUGAACCACGCGUGCGUGUCCAUAAUUUCCCACGGUCCACAGUCUCUAUCAGGUACGUAUUUUAUACGACAUUCUAAACUCACAAGAUAAAAUGUAAAAAAAAGUUUCUUGCCAUACUUUUUUUCUGCUGUCUGUUGUUUUAUGUAAAUACAAGCUGAACACAAUGUUUUUUUAAGUUGGGUCUAGAUAUUUUAGGGAAAGGCCGUCUCGCAUGGGUUCUUUUGUUGUGAAUUUUGUAAAUUUGGAAUCUGCAAAGUGUAGAGGCUAGAGACAGAGUGUAGAGUAUACAGUCAGGGGUCUCAAAAAAGCGACCCUUUGGAAAUUCACCUUAUUGUUAUAUUAUUUGAAUGCCUGAGUCUUACACUGAACACAAUUGAAUCGAGUUUAUGCAUGGGAGUUAUUUAAAAGUUUUUAGUAUCGUUCAACAUAUGAAUAUAAUGCUUGUGUGAUGUUACUCUGAGUGUAUAUCCACACCGGGCAGGCUUGAAAAAUAUGCCUGGCCACGGUGGGAUUCGAACCUACGACCUUUAGAAUACUAGCCCAAUGCUCUGCGAACUGAGCUACGCGGUCAGGUCGGUUCGAGUAUGCGAUAUUUCGGAACUGAGUCUAGUUAGUUCGAUAUCAAUGUAAUCUAAUUAUAUGGAACACGCUUCCCGGCUUCAUAAGAAAUACCACCACAUCUCUAACUACAUUUAAAUGUAAUCUAAUGAAAUACUACGUAGAAUUAACCCAACAAAUUUAUGACCCUGAAGAUCCAAGAACAUUUAAGUCUGUGUGUAUUAAAUGUCACACCACUCGCCCACUAAUGAACUUAUCAACUCGAACAUGUUGCUAAAUUUAGUUUUUGUUCGUUUGUUCGUCAAUCCGUUUGCUUUGUCUUCUUGUAUUUGUGUUUAAUUGUUAUGUUUGCUUUAACUUCAAAAUAAUUAGAUAUACCAUUAGUUGUUCUUUUUUGGAACCCCGUUAUUGGAGAACUAUCUCUGUGUGGAAAUUCCAGUCAUUUGUAACCAUAGUACUCUAUUACACUAAUAUCGAAGGAUCUAGACUCAGUUCCGAAAUAUUGCAUACUCGUACCGACCUGACCGCGUAGCUCAGUUGGCAUGCAGAGCCGGCAUUGGGCUGGUAUCCCAAAGAUCGUAGGUUCGAAUCCCACCGUGGCCAGGCAUAUUUUUCAAGCCUGCCCGGUGUAGAUAUACACUCAGAGUAACAUCACACAAGCAUCUAAUUAUUCACCUGAGUACAUUACACCAACACAGCAAAUAUCAUGAUUAUAUUAGAUUACACUGAUAUCGAAGGAACUAAACUCAGUUCCGAAAUAUCGCAUACUCGAACCGACCUGACCGCGUAGCUCAGUUGGCAGAGCAUUGGGCUGGCCGGUAUUCUAAAGGUGGCUACAUUACACCAACACAACAAAUAUGAAUAUGAUUAUGUGCUGAUUAAUUUAACGGAGCGCGUAAAACAAUAAAAACUCUUAAUACUCUGUAGUCAGUCGAACCAUUUUUAAUCGAACAGAGUCACUGACGAGACUAAUUUCUAAGUCGUUUUAACUUUCCAUCGGAAUUUUCAUGUACAACUUUCGUUACGAAACGAAAAGAAACAAUUAAAGGGCUUCAUUGCCAAAGAAUAAAACGGGUUUUUCCAGUACCAUUUUCUAGUCCUAUGAUGUACUACAUACCGGUCGAUCCGCUUUGCCGUUUAGCCUGAUGAGCAUCUGGAGAAGUUUGAAAUUUCUUUUUGGCCUUCACGAAACUGCGAACCUUGUUCUUGGCGUGUUUGGAAGCGCGUUUCCCGUCGAUCCUUGAAAAAUACACAAAUAUGAAAUAAACAAAAUAUAGGUAUGAGACAAAAAGCACGCGUUCAGAACGCCUCGACUUACCAAAAGUUGGCAACAAAAAUAGACAUUAAAAUCAGAGUGAUUACUGCUUGCUUCGACAUCUUCAACGUCUCUUGGUAUCCUUUGACGAAAUGACAACCCGGAAUACUUCAUGUACCUUAUGGGUAGCUGACAACGUUUUCAUGAGGUCAUCCGCAACAAACCUCAAAUAUAAAAAGCAGGUUGACAAGCAUAAAAAAAGUUUGGAAUUUACCACAAACAAGACGCCAAGCCUCGCCAAAUUUUGGUAUAUAGUUAUCCUUAACUUGCGCACAAAAUAUGGAACAAAUUAUGAACUAAAAUUGAGCAAGUGAUUUGAACACAACUGAGAGUCCCUGGCUUUAAUUCACGGCUCGGUUAAUCCUCUGAAAAAUACCAGAUUUCAUAAAAGAAGCCACCAGGCUACAAGCAACAGCUAAUGAACUAAAAUUGAGCUCUCGCAUGCGGGCAAGUGAUUUAAACACAAGAGAGUCCCUCGCUUUAAGUUCACGCCUCGGUUAAUACUGUGAAAGAUACCAAAUUUCAUAAAAGAAGCCACAGGCUACAAACAACAGCUAGAGUGUCAAAUGCAAUAUCAGGGUUUUGGGGGAAUCUAUAACUAAUUGUAGUUAGGACUUAGGUAGGCCGUACUUUUAAAAACGCGAGCAGGAAUGCUUUAUCAGAUAUAAUGUUUGAAAAAGCAAGAACUGUGAGUGUUUUAAAUGGCAUAAAAAAACCACCACUUUUUAAGUACAUUUUAAAAAUCACCCGAGAAAGUCAAAGCUAAAGUUUAUGUUGAUGUAAGUUAUCACAUGUAAAACCAAAGACGCGUUAGUGAUUUCCUGUGUCUUUUCCUGAUGAAUUAUUAAUGAGUUUUUAAAAAUAGAGUGUAUAGUUGCUUUAUUUUAUUAUACUGGCCGCUUUUUAUUGCAUUUCUAUUACUGUUUUGUUGAGCUCGAACCACAACUACUCCACAAGUCCAUGCAUGACAUAUUAUACAGCUCAGUGUUACGUUCUCCAGUAAUACAUAUAGCCCAGUGUUUCAACCCGAUUGCUUUCCGAACACAUUCCGACAAAUUUUGCGCAUGCGUAUAAUUUUCCCGCCGAAACUUCAAAUUUCUCUUUUCAAAGUUUUUGAAAGUUUUUGAAGCCCCGGAAUUUCCCCUGUUUAAAUUCGUCUAGAAACAAGAAAGAAAAGGCUUUUUGUUGUCUAUUUGUGGAUUAUUUUGUCUAAAACAGCAGCAGAAAUAUUUCAGGUAUGCUUGUUUGUCUUUUUAUCUCAAAUUUUCGCCUUUUUCUAAGCAAUAUAUUUUCCCGCUAGAUUCGCGUUUGUUGACAUUUGUGUUGUAUGUAUUUUUUUGCAAAGUUUUGUACCUAAAACCGAUAUUUCCAUCUGUUUUUAGCAUGCCAAAACGCAGAGACGAUGACCUUUGUGAAUAUGAACUGAAAAGGAUAGCAAAUAUCAACAGAAAUCUUGAUUUUCUCGAGAAAUUGGAUAUGUUGAAUUAUAGGUCUAGAUUCUAAGUAUACCGACAGGAAUACUGUUCUAGUUUUUAAAAUUUUACUUAGUUGUAAAAAUUAGGAUAAAUGACUCGUUUUUUUCUCUAUAUUUCCUAUUUUCUGCACCUCAGACAAGACGUUUUAUAAUAUAAAUUAUUUUAUACUCGCAAGUCCGAGCGAUACAAUUCAAAAUGAUUUUCUUUAUUAAAUUUGUUUGUUUGUUUGUUUGUUUGUUUGUUUGUUUGUUUGUUUGUUUGUUUGUUUGUUUGUUUGUUUGUUUGUUUGUUUGUUUGUUUGUUUGUUUGUUUGUUUGUUUGUUUGUUUGUUUGUUUGCUUUAAUUUGUUUGUUUAUUAUAAACAGAAAAAGUGCUUCAGAUUUUUUUAUAUUUACAUAGCAAACCCGCAUGUAUAAUAUGCAUGCAUUUAUAUAGCCUAUAAAAUGCAUAGAGAUUUUUGUCUAAAAGUAAAAAUACAUGCCAUGGCAAAUAGAAACGAGGAUCUGUUAAUAAGACUCUUUUAAAACAUUAAAAACGUUUUAAUACAGCCGGUAUGCAAGUCAUGGACUAUGACAUGAAAACGAGGGCUGUCUGAAACUCACGAGCUUUGGACGUCGUUUUGGUGUUUCGUAAAGACUUGGUGUUGGCUGAAUCUCUUUCUUGUUUAAAAUCUGCCUAUUCAUUUCGAAAGCCAUGUAUUUUAUUUAAUUUUGACAUGCAGUUUGACUCGGGAUAUACCGUAAAACCUCCGACUAUAAGCCCUGGGCUUAUAUUAAUAUUUCGUAAGCGAUUUUUGAUGGGCUUAUACAAGGAGGGGCUUAUAUACGGGGGGGGGGGCUUAUACAUGGACGAUUUUUUGUGUUAGUGUAAUUGUAAUAGUGAUAAAUAGUGGUAAUAGUGAUAAACAAGUGGGCUUAUAUUCGGGUGGGGGGGCUUAUAUUUGGAAUGAGGUAAGCGCGUUAGUACAUGUGGUGGACUUAUACACGGGGAGGGGUUAUAUUCGGGGAGGGGCUUAUAUUCGGAGGUUUACGGUACGAACUAUGAAGUCUACUAGAAAAUACAUGCAUGCAGAAACCCUCGCCUUGCUGACAAAACCGUUGUAUUUUCCGAACAUGAAGUAUCUAAAGUAGUUGUUAUGGUAACACGAUAAUUUUUUAAGAAUAUUCCAGGAAUAUUCUUACAAAUGAAAAUCGCCUAAAAAUAUCACUUUUAAUUACAAAAUUAUCAAUUUCUCAACAUAUAUAUGUUAGGUAUGUAAUUAUACGUAAUACAAGCUUCAAUUUAAGGUAAAAUUCAACAACAAACAAUUCACAAAACGUUUUAAAGUGUUCUUUAUAAAACUAAACUGCCUUUAACUAUUAAAUGGCUUUAUCGAUAAAUUUGAGUUUGCAAUAAAAUGAUUUCAAAUUCUCGCUUGCAAAUAACUUUGCUUUAUUUUUUAUUUAAAAAUUCAAUAUAAUAAAAAAGGGAAUCAAUAUUAAAGAUACACUGAAAUUAUAUGCUGUCUUGUUUUAAUAGUUGUUUGAUAUACGCAAAAGCCGUCGGGUUUUAAAGCCAUUAUAAAAUCAAUAUUUAAAACAAACUUACCUUCGUUAACGUCGGCUCCCUUCUUUUAGCUGAUUCUUUCGCCCUUUCAUUCUUGAAAUUUACAAAAUCUUGCAGAAAUACGAGCAAAAAUGAAGAAUAUUUGCAAGAAAUUUAUCAAUCAUCAACUCAUCAAAUAAAGAAAUGUUUGCUAUUUCGCUGUCGUCAUGCAGUCGUUAUAAUGCAAACUUUAAAUUGGACCAAUCAGUGUCCGUUAUUCAUGACAGUCCGCCAUAUUUUUGAGAUCAGUGAGGAUGACCACCCAUCGUUGGUGACCGACGCCCGCGCUCAUUGAUGAACUUUAGACUUCCCUAAUGCUUUCGUUUCCCCGAGUGUAAAUAGCCGGGGGGAAUUAGUACCCUCGCACGGCGCUUCGCGCCGCCGGCUCGGGGAUUAAUAAUUCGCAAAGUUCUAAUUUCCCUUUGCCGUUGUUUUGGUGUACAAUAAUUAUCAUAGAUAAUCAAUAAUUAUCAUAGAUAAUCAAUAAUUAUCAUAGAUUAUCAAUAACUAUCAUAGAUAAUCAAUAAUUAUCAUAGAUAAUUAAUAAUUAUCAUAGAUAAUAAUUGAUUAUCAUAGAUAUAAAUAAUUACAUUGAUAAUCAAUAAUUAUCAUAGAUAAUCAAUAAUUGUUAUAGAUCAUCAAUAAUUAUCAUAGCUAAUUCUCAAUAAUAAAAUGACACUGCCUGCUGGUUGGGCUGUGCUCGUGUGUACGUUUUAAGCAAAAGAAGGCUCGCUUACUUAAUUUCUAGGAAUUGAAGUUGACAGAUCAGCGUACUUUCCUAAGCAACCACGUAAAAGAAGCACCAAAGUUGAGAGUGACAGCAGCAGUGAUGAAGAAUGGCUGCCAGGGAAAGAUGAAAAUAAUCGCAAGAAAUUUAAACCAUACAAACCAGGUAAAUUAACUUGCUUUCUUUUCUCUAAAUAAUAGUCUAUCCUAUCAGUGCGCAGCGCUAUAUAUUUCCUAAAGAAUAUAUGUAAUAUACCUCUUCAGUUUUCAAGCCAAUGAAGACGGGACAUACAAUCACAAAGAAAUCUUCCAGCAAUACAGAAUCGUAUCAGGUAGAUUUUGCUAGCUUUAAUUUACAUACAGUAUAUAGAUAAUUUCAAGCAAAAUUAGAAAUUGAUCAGCUCUCAAGCCUUAACAGUUCCCAUCAACUGAAACCAAUUUCCGAUGAACCCUUGACUUGAAAUCGCUUGAAAUGCGUUCAUGUGAUCUUGCAGAUGAAAAAGCGCUCAUUCCCAAUUUUCAAAAUGUAACGUUUAUUACACGAGCGUUUUAUAAAGUUUAUUCAUAUAUUAUAGUUAACUGAACGAAUUUAAUUAGUUAGGUGAUCAGGUUUACCUUAAAACUAAUAUUUAGUGUGGUUGGUCUGUACACUUCAGUUGUCAAUAGUUGUCGCAAAUGGUUUCAUUUUGUAGAAUACAAAUAUUAGUUGUUUUAAACGUGUCUCACUACUCACUACGUACCCUUAACCCGUUAUAUGGAUUGACUAAUUUUAUAACUGCCGGUAUAUAAAAUAUAACAUAAUAAAAAUUUCUAGGCCCAAACUAUUACCAGCCAAUCUCAGCCUAGUACCAGCACAGCUGCCACACCAGGUGAUGAAGAUUUUGAAUUCCUUGGAAGACUUGCUACUGAUGAGAUAAUCUUUAAUAAACCGGAAAACGUAGAGCCCGAGCCCAAGAGACGAUCCAUCAAGUUUAAGUGUAAAAGUGUAAAGAAACCAAGCAGGCGAUCUACAAGACAUACUGUACGUAAAAACUACACAGAAGACGAAGUCCCUGAUGAUGAUCACUAUAUUUGUAAGUUCGAAAAUUAUUUUUGAUUAUACAAACAACUAAAAACCCCGUUUGAUCCAUAAAUAUCUUAUAUAUCUAUGGUUUAAUCUUGUAUAGUGAUAAGUGAUAUUUUAGGAAUUUUCUUUUCAUCUUUUUCGAUCAACGGCAGUUUCUUUUGCUACAUAUUUCAUAUUUGAUGUGUACCUUAAUUAUCUAUACAUUAUCUAUAUUGUACUUAGAGAACUGGAACACGGAAUUUUGGCGAAAUCCAUUUUAAAAUCACUCUAAUAAAUUCUCUAAUAUUUGUAUACCCGCCCUCAAUUUUAUUCAAUAGACUGCGAUCAGUGUGACGACUUUUACUAUGGAGAAUGUCCUACACAUAACUUCAACAUCAUUGAAGACAAUGACACGGGAGCAGGAAAGAAGACGCCUGGUGCAAUGAAGUCACUUCCAGAAAACUUAUAUGUUAAACCUUCAACGAUUCCUGAAGCUGGUAUGGGAGUUUUAGCGAAGGAGAAGCUGGAAGUAAAUACUCGUUUUGGACCAUACCGGGGGGACAAAAUCCUGAAGGAAGAUUUGGAAGAAGGAAGAAAUACAUCGUAUAUGUGGGAGGUAUAGCGUCAUCACUAUCACUGAAAUUAAAUGUACUACGAGAGAAUUUUACCAACCAUUGUAAUGUUCUAUUAGAAAUUUUAUAUAUAGUGAUGUGUUCUUAUUUAUACUGUAUGCAUAACCUGAUUUUCAGAUUGUACAAGAAGGAAAGAUUCAAUGUUAUAUCGAUGGUAAAGACCCUUCUCACAGCAACUGGAUGCGGUUUGUUAACUGUGCACGAUGUGAGGACGAGCAAAACAUAAUUGCGUAUCAAUAUCACGGAGAGAUUUUCUAUCGAGUGUAUAAAGAAAUUGACGCGGAUUCUGAACUCUUGGUUUGGUAUGGAGAUGAAUAUGCAGAACAACUUGGUAUACCGCUAUUUGAAGAGGAAGAAAAGCAAAAGGAAAAACGUUUUGAAGGUAUGAACAUGUCUUCUUAGGCAGAUUGUUGUAUAAAGAUAAAUGACUUAAGCUGGAGUUCACUGGAUUAGUAGGGAGUCACAGCUAGGGUUCGUACAAAACUUGAAUUUGAAAACAAAUAUUCAAGCUGAAGGCCUCGAAUAUCCUUGAAUUUGUAAAUAAGUACUUGAAAGAUCUUAAAAUCUUCUUGCUUUAGUUUAUGGACUUUUUCUAAGAUUGUUUGUCAUUCAAAACGAAUAUUUUAUAAUUGGGGGUUGGGUAUAUUCAUAUAUUCGUGUUCAGCCCGACGGAUAAUUUCUUUUGAAAGCUAUUGUUUUUACGCUACAUGAACAUGAAUAUAUGAAUAUACACCCCUGCCCCAAUUAUCCCGUCUAGCUACAGCCCUGACUAUAGUAAUGGUACGUUAUCUGUUGCAGUGUUAUCUGGCCGUUGCUCCGUGAUGAUAACAUGUAAUAAUCUAAUGCCGAUUACACGUGUGUGGUUGCUUUAUUCAUGAUAAAUGUGCUUAACAAUAGGCAAUUCAAUGCAGUUUUCAGUUCAUGCGUGUAGAGAAGGGUGGGAAGUAAGGUAUCAUAUCGCUCGUUACGCUGAAAAAACAAAAGUGGUGGUCCUGUAAACACGGAGUGGUAGCUUAUACUGUACUUGUAAAUAUUGAUAUAUAUAUAUCGGUUGUUUCGGCAGUUUUUAUUGAAAAUUUUCAGCAUAAUCAGCAAUAUAAUUACCUUACUUCCUGUCACUCCCUGCGCGCAUAAAUGAAAAGCUUGAAUUGCCUAUUAAGGCAUAUAAGUACUGGUGAGAGACACCCAUCUCUACUCACUUCAGUGUUCAAGCACAGGGAAAUUAUAUCAUAUUCAACCUAGGUAAACCAUCGACCUAUAGUAGGCAUAACUCAACGGGCGGUAAAUCAGGGUUCGUACGCCCCCUGGAAAACCCUGGAUUUUUAUUUUAGUCCUGGAAAACCCUUGAAAACCCUGGAAAACUGAGAAACUGAGCUGGGUACAGGAUCAUACCUAAACUAUUUAAGACUAUCUUAAAAAGAAAGAUUGAACAAAAGGUUCUUGCAUUAUAUAUAGUCAAACUAUGAAUAUAUUUCGUUCAAACUGGUACAAACCCAAAAGUAUCUGUGCAAGAUGAAGUACUAGCCGUCGCGAACGUUUCUUACCCGUUAAACACUUAUAGAUUUAUAUUUCAAAUGCCCCUGGAAAACCCCUGGAAAAAGGAUGAAAAAAGUCCUGGAAAACCCCCAAAUUAUGAAGAUGUACGAACCCUGGUAAAUGGUUUUGUGCCCAGCAAACCGCGUCUGCAUGCCACCCACGCUAGUCAGCCAAGUUUAAUUUCAUAUAUGUUACUUUUUUUCAGAGGGUUGUCAUACCUGUAAACAUUGUGGAAGAAUGUAUACUUAUCUCAAUUACCUGCAAGCUCAUUUAAAGAGAUGUCCAAUGUUGGUAUGCACCAAACUAUGGGAAUGCCCUCACUGCAGUAGAAAGUACAGUAGCGAAGAUUACCUUAACGUUCAUAUUAAAAAUGACUGUAAGAAAAAUCCACACUUAAAUAUUCUUAAAGAAAAACAUUGUAGUGUAAGUGGCAUUAGGAAGAAACCCUUUUCUAAUCAAAAACAGAUUUAUGGUGGGAGAAUAAAACCUGGCAGUGUAUCAAAGAUAAAAUCAGAAACAAUUGAUCAAAAUAGAUCUGAUGUAUGUGAGCUGGAACGUGAUAGGAUAGGUGAUAUACCAGUUGAUAGUUAUGAAAGUGGUCAUAAAAGUGGAAAACAUCCACAUCAAUGUCAACAUUGUGGUAAGACAUUUACACAGCAAGGUAACUUGAAGACACACGAAAGAACACACAGUGGGGAAAGACCUUAUCAAUGUCAACAUUGUGGUAAGACAUUUACACGGCAAGGUAACUUGAAGAGACACGAAAGAACACACAGUGGAGAAAGACCUUAUCAAUGUCAACAAUGUGGUAAGACAUUUACACAGCAAGGUAGCUUGAAGAACCACGAAAGAACACACAGUGGGGAAAGACCUUAUCAAUGUCAACAUUGUGAUAAGACAUUUACAGAGCAAGGUCACUUGAAGACACACGAAAGAACACACAGUGGGGAAAGACCUUAUCAAUGUCAACAUUGUGGUAAGACAUUUACACUGCAAGGUAGCUUGAAGACACACGAAAGAACACACAGUGGAGAAAGACCUUAUCAAUGUCAACAUUGUAGUAAGACAUUUACACAGCAACAGCACUUGAAGACACACGAAAGAAGACACACUGGGGAAAGACCUUAUCAAUGUCAACAUUGUGGUAAGACAUUCACCUAUCAAAAUGUCUUGAAGAACCACGAAAGAACACACAGUGGGGAAAGACCUUAUCAAUGUCAACAUUGUGGUAAGACAUUCACCUAUCAAAAUGUCUUGAAGAACCACGAAAGAACACACAGUGGGGAAAGACCUUAUCAAUGUCAACAUUGUGGUAAGACAUUCACCUAUCAAAAUGUCUUGAAGAACCACGAAAGAACACACAGUGGGGAAAGACCUUAUCAAUGUCAACAUUGUGGUAAGACAUUCACCUAUCAAAAUGUCUUGAAGAACCACGAAAGAACACACAGUGGGGAAAGACCUUAUCAAUGUCAACAUUGUGGUAAGACAUUCACCUAUCAAAAUGUCUUGAAGAACCACGAAAGAACACACAGUGGGGAAAGACCUUAUCAAUGUCAACAUUGUGGUAAGACAUUCACCUAUCAAAAUGUCUUGAAGAACCACGAAAGAACACACAGUGGGGAAAGACCUUAUCAAUGUCAACAUUGUGGUAAGACAUUCACCUAUCAAAAUGUCUUGAAGAACCACGAAAGAACACACAGUGGGGAAAGACCUUAUCAAUGUCAACAUUGUGGUAAGACAUUCACCUAUCAAAAUGUCUUGAAGAACCACGAAAGAACACACAGUGGGGAAAGACCUUAUCAAUGUCAACAUUGUG